AUGCCUAAAACAUUAAAACAAAAAAAAGUUAUCCGCGCAAAACCUUUUACUAUUAGCAUUUAUAACGCAAAUAUUCGUGACAAUAGUUCCAAGUUGAAAAGUGUAACUAAUAUUAGUGAACUUGGCAAUAAUAAUGUCUCCACAGUUACCAAACCAACUUUCCCUCCCGCAUUAACGACAAUCGAUCUUAUAAGCACGAUUAAAUGUACGUCCAACAGCAGUAAAGCAAAAACAUUCCCAAAUGCUUUUAUCGCGUAUCGAAUAGCAUUUAUUAAAGAGUAUCGUAAUAAGGACAUUAAAUUACCACCUAUGUGCAAACUAUCUAGUAUUGCAAAAAGUUCUUGGAAUGAAGAACCACAAAACGUAAAAGAUUUUUACAUUAAGCUAUCUGAAGACGCCAAAUCUUUGUAUAAGAAGAAGUCUGUUCAGUUCAUGUUUGACAAACAUAUGAAUAUAGUUGAAAAUAAUCAAGAAAGCCAAGAACAAGAACAAGUUUCACAUUCGCAGAAAACGAGUGUAAGUUGCGAAGAUGACUCUGACUACGUCAAUAAUAAUCAAUGCGCUGAGCGCUCUCACGUUAAGGACGUACAAGCUUCAUCAAGUGAGGAACUUUCGAUUGAGGAGGUUUCUCAUAAUUAUAGAUUUUUCGAAGAUCCGUAUGGUACGAAUUCAGCAGAUCGAGAAUUGUUUUAUUUACUUGAUUAUCACUUCACAAAUGAAUAA